AUUCAGUCGUUUUGUACGGAAACUAAUAUGCUUUGAUAACACCCGUGCCAGUUUUGUUUUCGCGCUUUCAACCAGACUCGACGUUGAGAUUUUCUUGCAUUUCGCGGCGGAAUAGGGCUAAACAUGGGAGGUCUAUCGCACAGCAGCAUUUUAUCAUGCCUUCUGCUCGCCGUCCUCCUUCCUUGUCUGUCAGAAGCCGCGGUGGUUCGGCUGCAGCGCAUCAAGAUCUUUCAGACGCACGACCUGCCGUUCUGGAAGCCGUCGGUGUACUUCCAGUGCGAGGGAGAGCCCAAGCGCCAGCUGGACGUGGUAGUUGAAGCGAACGUGGACUACAAUUUCACUAUGCAUGAGCCCUUCCAGCCCCUGACAGAGCUCACGGCGCCCAAAUGCAAGCAGUGCGGGUUCUACGACGCCGACACGUUGACAGAGGAUGACGCGUUUGACCGCUUCACCCUGUGCCCUCUGGACUUCACUCCCGCCCCCUCUGGCCGCCUGAAUCGCCUGGUGGAGAGCGAGCUGAACGUCACCUUCGUCUGCCUGCACUGCAACCCGGACAGAACGUCGCGGUCCUCUGGAGAUGAGUUCGAGGGGACCGACACCAACAAUGUGAGUCUACUAUACGUCUUCCUCCUAGUGAUUGGGGUGGUUACCGGCAUCACUUGCCUCACUGGCCUUGUCGCAUUUUGGCUGAAAUCGGGAGCGUGGCCUCUCUUCAGACGACGGAUGGACAGCGACACAGCAAAGUUUAUGGAGAUGUUUGACGAGGAGGAUGAGCUCCUGGAUGGGGAUGAUGGUAGUGGUGAAGACAUGGAGAUGGGUGAAGCAGGUGGAACGGCCAGUUCGUCGCCACCAUCAAUGACUUCUGCAUCAAACCGGCAUGGGUCUGCUAUUCGGCAUGACUAAGCUUUGCGCCGAUCUUCCUAGGUGGUGAAUCUAGUUGAUGUCAAUGUGUUAUAAUAACCCAUUUUGUACUUCAACCGUUUUAGGAUGUGCUGUAUGUCUUGUGAUUGUUGUUACUGUCGCGUGGCUAGGCUCGGCGGACCAGCUGUCUCGCUUAUUUGCCACGUCAACUGGCAACCU